UUACAUUUCUUCACGUGUUUCGUUUCGCGUACACAUUCGGACGGCGGUUCAACUUCGCGCCAUGUGCACCAAAUUGUGAUUUCGGACCCUAAACAAAAUGGAACACCGUGGUACAUUUCGACAUACAAAAACAUUUUUCGGCAAAAUUUCCGUCAACCGCAACUAAACGCAGUUCAAAACUAGGUUCAUUUUUUAUUACGUUCGUUGAUUUUUUAAAGUCUCAGUUUUUCACAAACUAAUGCAGUUGAAACGGUUUAAGUUUAUUCUUAUGAGUUCCUUUCGUUUCUAAAUGAAACUGUAACACACAAACAAGAAACAGUAGAACAGACAGACGGAUAGAAGUAGAGAGAAGGCGGCAGAAGUAGAGAUGGCGCUUGCAUCUUCUGUGAGCUUGUACUACUCGAUCGUGCAGCGGGCGGCGAGACACUACCUGGAAGAUUACUGUCAUACAGAUACAACUGCGCCUUACGUGCUGUACAAAGAUGGAGUGGAACGCGCUCCGCCGGGCACGCAGUGGGGCGGCGCCGUGUUGGAUGGGGGCUACCAAGCCAUGCAGCACCAGAGCCCGGGCGGACCCUCGCCACAGCCCGAGCCGCAGCUCGCGUCUCCCGCUCCCUCGCCUUAUCCCCCGGCGCCCCCGCCCACCGACCCCUCGUCGGACGAGGCCCAACAGCUCGCCCAGCAACAAGCUCAACAGCAGGCGCAACAGCAAGUUCAGCAACAAACGUCUCCCGAGCACAUGCAAGUCGAGCAGCAACUACAAAACCAGUCGCAACCGCAACCCUCGUCACAGGAUCAUCUCGAUAGAACUCCGUGCUUCGUCUCCCAAGCGGAAUUACAACAGCAGUACGCCACGCCCUACUUCAAAGAGACGAGACCCACGAGCCACAUGCUGGGCACCGGAGGCUUCCCUCUGCACUACUUGAAGCAGAACGGCGGAGUGUUAUCGCUCGAGGGCCCGCUGGACCAAUACGCGGCGCCGGACUUGCGCCACUUGCCGGACAUCGUCCAAGCCGAGCCGCCCAAGCCUCGGAAACACAAUCCCAACUCCGAACUCCGCCUGUUCAAGUGCCUGACUUGCGGGAAAGAUUUCAAGCAGAAAUCCACCCUUCUGCAGCACGAGAGGAUCCACACGGACUCCAGGCCGUACGGGUGUCCGGAGUGCGGAAAGCGGUUUCGGCAGCAGUCGCACCUCACGCAGCACCUGCGCAUCCACGCCAACGAGAAACCGUACGCGUGCGUGUACUGCCCGCGCUCGUUCCGGCAGCGCGCCAUCCUGAACCAGCACCUGCGCAUCCAUUCCGACGUAUCGCCGCAUCUAAUCUUCAAGAACGGGACAACACCGACCUUGUGGCCGCAGGAUGUUCCGUUUCCGCCCGAUGAGAACAAAGAGGAGGUACAGUCUUCCUUCGGGGACGACGGUCCCAAUGGGGACCAGCGUGGCUCGUGCUUCUCACCCGGAGACACGGCGCAGUACCCCGCGUACUUCAAAGACACGAAGGGCCUCAACCACGGGGUCUUCGGCUCCAGUCUGUCGCUUCAGUAUUUAAAAGGCGGGAAACUCCCCGACGUGUUAGGCGGGCGAGCGAUGCCGCUGUACGUCCGUUGUCCGAUCUGCCAAAAAGAGUUCAAACAAAAGUCAACGUUGCUGCAACACGGUUGCAUACACAUAGAGUCGCGGCCGUACCCGUGUCCCGAGUGCGGCAAGCGCUUCCGGCAGCAGUCGCACCUAACGCAACACCUCCGCAUUCACACGAACGAGAAGCCCUACGGGUGUGUGUACUGUCCGCGAUUUUUCCGGCAACGGACCAUUCUAAACCAGCAUUUGCGAAUCCACACCGGCGAGAAGCCGUACAAGUGCACGCAGUGCGGGAAGGACUUCCGGCAGAAGGCGAUCCUCGAUCAGCACACGCGGACGCACCAGGGCGACCGGCCCUUCUGCUGCCCGAUGCCCAACUGCCGGCGGCGGUUCGCCACCGAGCCGGAGGUGAAGAAGCACAUCGACAACCACAUGAACCCGCACGCGGCCAAGGCGCGGCGCGCGGACGCCAAGACGCCGCGGCCGCUGCCGCCGGCGGCCGCGGUGGUGAAGCCCGAGCUAUACUUCCCGCAGUGCUACGCGCCGCCCUUCCAGCAGUUCCCCGCCGCGGAGUUCAAGCCGGCCGUGGGCGGCGGCGCGUGCCUGCCCGCGCAGUGA